AUGCAGCUGCGGAGGUUUGCUCAGUGCAUGCAGUUGGAGAAGCUGGAUUUGCAGAAUGAGUUCGAUAUUUGUCGCGAAAAGUACGAAGCAGAUGUUGGAAAGUUGGUGGAAAAAAUAAGAUCGCAAGAAAUUCUCCUGGCAUCGAUACGAACGUCAGCAUCAAAUUCUUCUAAGGAAGUGGAACGACUAACGGCAGAGAACAGCGCUUUAGCAGACCGAGCUCAGAGGAGUUCUGAAGCUGGACUAGCAUCUGCGGUGGCGGCCAGCCCGAGCGAAAUCGAAGAGCUCGUUGCGUUGUUGGAAAAGUCAACGGGAGAGGUUGAAAGGCUGCAGGAUCAAGUGGCCUUGUGGAGGAGACGUGGGGAGGAGGCGGAAAAAGAAUGGUGGUCUUCGGAGCUAUCACGCCUGAGGCGAGAUUGCUCUAGAAAGCAGGCUGCUCUAUGCAAAGCUCGGCGCCAAGGUGAGCUCAGCAUCGAGGCUCUCGCCGAAGCAUCAAGGAUAGCUAGGAGACGCUACACUCAUGCAAUCAAGAAAGCCAAAAGUAAGAGCUUCAGGGACUGGGUUAGCCGCCUUGGGGACAGUCGGGCCUUGAAGUCCCUUAUGGAGGAGGCGCCCAUCGACGUCGAAUCGGUCGACGCCGAAGAGGCAGCAUCCGCAUUUUUCGGAGACACCGUCUCGCCCAGGGUAUACAUUCCCAGUACUCGGGUCUCUCUCGAAGAUAUGGGAGGACCGAUCACCCGAGAGGAGCUUGAAAGUGCUAUAGCUGCUCGCCCUAAAGGCCGAGCACCUGGAUCUGAUGACGUCGCAUACGAGCACAUCUCCGUAGCCUGGAAAUGUAACGGCCGUUGGGCUGCCGCUCUGCGCACGCUCAUAACAGCGAUCCUCCAGUUCCAAUAUUUCCCAAGGUGCUUUCAAGGCGCCGAGGUUACCCUUCUGAGGAAGAAAGGCAACCGGACGGGUUGGUCCAAGUUUAGACCCGUAUCGCUCUCGCUGACACUUGCAAAAGUAUGUGAGGCCGUGAUAAGCGAACGGCUAGAGCGCUCCAUAGGCGCCCUCCCUCCCUUCGUGCACGGAUUCACCUCCAACAGGUCAACCGACACAGCAUGGAAACAUCUUUCGAGUGCCCUAGAGAGUGAACCUAAGAACAAAGGACUAAGGGCCGUCGCGGCGUUCGAUGCAGUGGCGGCGUUCAACUCCAUUAGCCACGAAUCUAUUUGUGCAGCCGUCGGCCAUUUAGCCAACAAUGGCUUUGCGGAACUGGUGCGCUCGUUCCUCAGUGGACAAUGGUCGAGUUUAGGGGGAGUCCGGCGAUACUCCACCAAGGGGAUCCAACAAGGAUCUAUUCUGUCGCCGAGGCUGUAUAGCUACGCCACUAUCGAACUAGGAGAAAAACUGCUGGCUCUGAAUGACCCGCACCACGGGAUAACCAUCAAACCAGUAAUAUACGCUGACGACUCGGCAAUAGUUCUGAAGGCCCCUGGCCUUCUCAGCCUUGUGAACACGGUCAUACGUGUAUGGGAAGUGACGGAUACCUGGGCUCGAUCUGUAGACUUAACCCUCUCGGAAGAGAAAAAUGAGAUAUGGGUUGACGGCUGGGCGGACGAAGUUCAGUCAGGCCUGCGCGACAGGGGACACGCCGCGCUGGCAGGGUCGGUCAAGAAGUGUAUCAAGUUUUUAGGACUAUGGCUUGAUCAGAAGCUGAGCUGGAGCACCCACGUUACUGAAAGCAUAGCCCGUAUACGCAAGCUGGCCAUUAGGCUGCGCUCUCUCGUGGGACGUCGCUGGGGUCUUGGCUCGCAGCAACUCCAUUGGAUUUGGAACUCUGUGAUGACUCCUCGUUUAACGUUCGGCGCUCCUACAUGGGGCACCGUCGCGGGGAGAGAAUGGUUCGAGAAAAAAUGCAUACAGCUCCAGGCUUUCAUGGGCCGACUGAUGUGGGGUGCGCUGAAAAGCGCACCGACAUCAGUAGUGUACCGAGUCAGCGGGUUAAAACCGAUCUCUCAGUCUGUUCGCGUACGCGCUUCCAAGCAAUGGCUCCACAGAGACUGGGACAUUAGUGAGGCAGAGACCAGGGCCCUUGGCCGCUGGGGAGCGUUGGGCACGGAAGUACGGAACCCAGAGGACAUGAAUCUCGACGUUUCAUAUCCAGCGAGCAUUGCGAGUGACCACAGGGCGGUCGCAGUCAUAAAUGAUGGUCAAAUAGAUCGCCUCUCUUCUGCUAAGAGGCACAUAUUCUGCGAUGGUAGCAGAAUCGGAGGGUCGGGUCUGACGGGACGUAUCGGAUCGGGUGUUGUCGAGCUGGCGCCGUCCAACAAAGACGCUGCUGUAGUAUGGUUCUCGUAUACGAGGUUACCAGAUUACGCCACCGUGAUGCAAGGCGAGCUUGGAGGGAUCGAAGCUGCGGCCAAUCGGCUGACUUCUACUCGGAUAAAUCCCUUAAAGCAGGCAGUUAUUUACAGUGAUAGUCAGGCCGCCAUCCGGGCAGUGGUUGGCCGAGGUAAGCUCGAGAGUACAUCAGUGAGGAACGCCCGCAGGGCGGUUGAACGUGCUGCUGUGUCAUGCGAUCUAGUAAUUCAGUGGACAAGAGCUCAUGCGGGUAUCAGUGGUAAUGAAAUCGCGGACACCCUGGCGAGAUUAGGCGGAAAGAGAAAGGAUAUAACAAACGUUGGCAUUCCUGAGUCGUACACUGUCCAUCAGGUCAAAGCGAAAUUCAGAGAAGAAGAAGAAUGGCGAUGGCGCAAAGAUCGUCAGCUGACACACAUAAAGAAGACAGGCGUGAUGCUCGACCGCAGCCAAUGCAGUCGCCUUCGCACGGUGGCUGUGUCAAUGAAUGAUCGCAGGCUUAUCUCCGAAGCCUUGACGGGACAUGGCUGUCUGAGGGCCCAUCUAUACCUCUAUACUGGCUAUUACUCGCCUGGUCGAAGGGGUGCUGCGCAAGAAGAAGAAGAAGAAGUGAGCGUCGUGAAUCUGGAAAGGAGUGGUAUGGCUUCGGCCGAUACUGAGGGGCUCUUGCUGAAAAUGGAGGAGCAAACGGCGAAUCUGGCGGAGGACACCGAAAGAUUUUUGGAAGAAUACGCCCGAGUGUGCCUAAAUGAGGAGCGCGAGAGGAUGAUCAGUAACGAUCUGUAUGGUCAUUUAAUCCGAGCCGAGGAGCGUCGAAGGGACCUUCAGCGUGUGGCUGGGGUCGAUGUGAAUAGGGAGGAGGUCGGACAGAUCGUCGAGCGCAGUGAAGUGGAGUUAUAUAGCUCUCGAGAGGAGGUGGAAGGACAGCCGCAGGAUGUUGUGAUUCUCCAGAGUCAGGCCAGGCUCAGCGGGGUGGCCGACAGCAUUGACUUCGGUAGUGAUCAGAUGAGGGCUCUCACUGAGUAUGUGGAAAGGAUGUCUGCUGAAUACGCCCGAGUGUGUAUAGAUGAGGAGCGCGAGAAGAUGAUCAGUAACGACCUGUAUGCUCAUUUAGUACGAGUCGAGGAGCGUCGAAAGGACCUUCAGCGUGUGGCUGGGGACGUUGCUGCUAAGACUGAUGUGGUGCUGAUGAGGGAAGGAUGGAACAGGGAGAGGAGGGAGAUGAUGCGAGAGGAUCGCGAGGGCCAUUUGGAGGCACUCGUGGAGGCUCUAGUAGAUCUCCAGGCUUCUCGAGAGAUCAAAGCAGUUGAACAUUCCACCACUAGAUUGCUGAGUGUUGGAGUGCAGACUAUGCGAGUGGCGCGAUGGAACUCAGUUGUGCAAGCGUCCCCCCGAGUCGCUGAGGUUGGCGUUCAGAGUCGUAUUGAGAUGUCUACGGUGGAGUCCCAAACUAAUGGCGUGGGGAAGAGGAAUAGGAGCAUCUCGAGAUUGACGCAGACUGCUGCUGCUGAUUCUAAUGAUGAUGAUCGAGCGAUGCUUCAUCCGGUUGAUGCCGAACAUAAGGCAGCUAUACGGGAAGAGGCGAUAAGGGAGAUCAAGGCACAUAUGGAGGAGCAAGUGAGGAUCACCAGAUGCAACGGUCAGGUUCGACUGCGUGCUCGAGAGGAAUCAUAUCGAGCUGAAGUAGAGAGGCUAGGCCGAGAACAUCAACGGGCCACGGCGGAGCUCGAACGUCGUCAUGCUGAGGAUCUACGAGUGCAGCGUCUACGGUUGGAAAGGCAGUGGCAAGUGAGACGAUCGAUGGCGGAGAUGUCGAAGAAAAAGGAGACUCGGGAGGCAGCUGUGGUACCUCAGCCAUUGAGGAUAGAUGAGGACAUGCUUGUAACACCGCGAGAUGAGAUUCGUUCGUCUUCAUCAUUCAACAUGCAUCAAGUGUUCGAUGAGCGCCCAAGUCCAAAUGCUAUCCGCCGAGCAAGUGCCGCUCGAGUGGUCGAAUCGGUCAGGAGUGGCAGAAGAAGAGUGAUCGAGAGAACGCUCAGGCCUAAAUAAUUAGUAUUGAAAAGUAUAUAAGUUGCUCUCAUGCUACUGCCCUA